ACAUAAAAUAAAUUAUCUUUAAUAGAAGAUCGAAUAUGAAAGGCAUCAGAUAUUUAUUUAUUCGCCUCUAGCUAGCUUUCCGAUCCUUUAUUAGCCAAAUGGAAAGAAUCUCAGCACACACUAAUUUUAUCCACCAAUUGAGAAUGUAUCAGAUUCCAAUUUGAUCAGCCUCUUUAAUACUUCUUUUAUGCAUUUGCUCCAAAACUAAACUUCACAAAAAUCUGUCUGGUCUUGCAUUUUUGAUACACAUAGUGUACAUGGGAAGUGGAAUUUCUGGUUUGGACGGUGAGAAUGGCUCUGGCUCUGGCUCUGAUCAUGGUGGCUCAUCGAAGACCGGACUCGAAGGCGUGCCAGAGAUGUGCCUGGCCGUGAUUCUCGGCUACUUGGAGCCCCCGGAGAUAUGUAAAUCAGCCCUGUUGAACAAAACGUUUCACAGGGCCUCUUCCGCGGACUUUGUAUGGGAAUCCAAGUUGCCUGAGAACUAUCAGAUUCUUGUUGACAAACUUAGGACCAGGACUAGUGCUAGUACUGGUUUUAACAAUUUGAUCAAGAAGGAUAUUUAUGCAUUCUUGUCCGCUCCUAAUCGCUUUGGUCCCGGUUUCACAAAGGAGGUUUGGCUGGAGAAGAGGAAAGGAGGGGUGUGCAUUUCGAUAUCAUGGAGAGGAUUAAAGAUAACGGGUAUAGAUGAUCGGAGAUACUGGAAUCAUCUCUCUUCUGAUGAAUCCAGAUUCAAAACAAUUGCAUAUCUCCAACAAACAUGGUGGUUAGAAGUUGCUGGAGAUCUUGAAUUCGAAUUUCCUGCAGGAGUUUACAGUCUAUUCUUCCGACUCCAGCUGAGUGGCGCCCCGAAAGGGCACGAACGGCGUGGCAGUGCCUCCAAAACAGUUCAUGGCUGGGACAUUAGACCCGUCCACUUCAAGUUGUCCACUUCAGAUGAUCAACACGCUGCAACCAGUUGUUAUUUGAGCAAACCAAACACAUGGGUUCACCAUCAUGUGGGAGAUUUUAUGGUACAGAACUCAAAUGCACUAACAAAGAUUAAGUUUUCAAUGUCACAGAUAGAUUGCACACACACUAAAGGUGGCUUAUGCUUGGACUCUGUCUUCAUUUGCCCAUAUGAGCUUGGUCAGAGAAUUAAGAAAUACUAGAUACAUAGAGAAAAGCAAGCAAGUUAGAACUUUUUUUUUUUGCUUGAUUGCCUUUUUUUUUUUGUUAGAUGAAAUUGCGAGUUUGGUAUUAGUGAGGUGUAUUGUAAAUUAUCUUCCCUACAAGUCUCUGUCAAUUUCUUGUGCGAUAUUUCAUGUGCAAAACAAAGUGCUUGUGGUCAUUUUUUUUAUUUUAAUUUCAAGUAUACAGAAUUUUUAGCG